AGUUAAAUAAAAAGAAAAAGACGCGCUACAAAGGAGUUUGCACAGAGAUUACAUGCCUUUAAAGGAAUAUUUGCGGAAAUAUGUUUCUCUUGGCUAAAGAACUAAUUUUAUUGGAAUUUAUUUCCACAGGAUAACAGAAUGUAAUGUUGAUUGUGCCGUCAGUCAGAGCAUGUGUCGGACACGGUAGGCGGACACAUAACGCUGCGCAGAAUCAUAUCGGCUAUGGUGUAGCUUGAAAGUUAGUCGAGCCGUAUUUAAUUGUGCAUCAGUGUGAAAAGGGACCUUGGAAAGAAUGUUGUCGAUAGCACGUACGGUCUCGCCCUUAAUAAUCAUUCUUUUAAUAUUCGAGUGUUAUUUGGGAGCCCGUGGUACCUCGAUAAAAUCCUUGAACGUGCCACUUGUGGUGCGCAACGGCACCGGACCGGUGGAUCUGAUCUGCAUCUACGAAAUUAACGAAGACGAGAACGGACUUGUAAUCAAAUGGUUUCAUGAGGCGUAUCAGAUCUAUCAGUGGAUUCCGCCAAUGCCACCACAAGAGAUCGGAAUCAUCGAAGGCUUCGCGGAAUAUCCGGCUGAAAAUCUGAUGGAUCCGUAUUCGCGUUCUGUGAUUCGAUUGAGGACCGUCACGACUGACAUGACGGGAGAAUAUACGUGCGCGAUCGGCACGUACCAGGACGAAGCAAGAAACUCGUCGAAGAUGAUUGUCUAUGUACCAGAAAGCGACAUGACGGUGCGCACUUACCCCUUCAACAAGACGCAUGUAAAUUUCACAUGCGUGGUCACGGGUGUGCGACCGCAGCCAUCCCUGAAGCUUUACAUCGAAGGGAUCGAGAGCAACGGUCGCGGGAGCGAUCAGGAGUUUUUAACGGAUUGGUAUAAGGACAGUCCGCGAACGUCGCUGGACGUUAUCGUCGAGGACACGCUGGACCCCGCGGUCGUCGAAUGCGAAAUGUCGAUUCCGGAAACGAAGUACAAGCGCCGAGAACGGAUCGUCUACUACCCCACACAAUUACUGCCCUAUCGCACGAAUGUUUCGCAAGGGAUGCACUGCGCGAUGUUGCUUGUCAAUAUCCUUUACUUUACCGUUCUCAAAUUGAUACUCACCAUUUAGCGACUUAGUUCCGAACACGUUUUGCAUAUUGCUAUAUCGAAACUACAAGGCAGUUGCGUGCGUCGGAGAUGGGGGUGGAAAAGGUAAUCUUGGAUGGUGGGGAUGAUAUCCAGAAGCAGUGCCCCUCAAGAUUAUCAUUCGCUUCCCGACGCUCGCCUGUAGAGGCAUUCACCACCAAACAGCAUUCUACAACCAAAGUCAUCAAACUUACCGGCGUGCCAAGCUUACCACUGUACCUUUAAUCGCGAAUACUUCAUA